AGAAAAAGCUAAUUAUAAACAAAAUGAAAUUAACAGUAUUUUUUGGUUUAAUGGCUCUAUUCGCCAUCAUCUUUAGCGCUGAAGCCGGAAGAAAAUACCAAUUUAUACCCGCCAAAUGUGUAGAACAUGACACCCAAAAGCAAGUAGAUGGUCCUUUGAAAAUAUGCACCUUCCCCCCAAAACACAAGCCAGUGCCACAGGAAGACAUUAAUGCUGUUAUUAAGCAUAUACAAACUUUACAAUUAGAUUGAGUAAAUAAAUAAUUU